ACGCCGCCUCCCGCUUCCAGGAGUCGCUGGUGUGCUACCAGGAGGGCAUCGACCUGCUGCUGCAGGUGGUGAAAGCUAUAAAAGAUGAGGUGAAAAAGCAGCAUUACCGGCAGAAAAUAUCUGAGUACAUGACCCGAGCUGAAGACAUUAAAAAAUAUAUUGAAAAAGAGAAGCAAGAUGGCAAAUACCAUAAGCAAAUCAAGAUAGAUGAAAAUGCAACAGGUUUCAGCUAUGAAAACCUUUUUCGAGAAUACCUUAAUGAGAUUGUUACUGAAGUUUGGGUGGAGGACCCUUACAUUAGGCAUGUUCAUCAGUUGUAUAACUUCCUACGGUUCUGUGAGAUGCUAGUUAAGGGACCCUGCAAAGUGAAAACAAUUCACCUCCUCACUUCCUGUGACGAAGGCAGUGGAAAAGCUCAACAGAUAAGUGGUUUGGAAGAAAUAAAACAAUCAUUGAGGAACCAUGGAGUAACACUGAACAUCUCUUUUUCAUCUUCAAUUCAUGAUCGAGAAAUUAGAUUCAACAGUGGCUGGAUGAUCAAGAUUGGAAGGGGACUUGAUUAUUUUAAGAAACCAAAGGGUCGUUUCAGCAUUGGAUACUGUGACUUCGACUUGCGACCUUGUCAUGAAACAACAGUGGACGUCUUUCAUACUAAGCACACAAAGAAGACAUGAUCAUUACUUUUAGUAGUG